AUGAUAUCAUCAUUGGGAAUACAAAUUCACGGAGCAACUCCGUCCUAUUUACCCUCCAUUCCUUCCAAUGUCGUUGCCUCUGCUAUUUCAACUCAGACCAAUGUCAUUGUAUAUUCAGGUAAAAACGCCAAUGAUAUCAUUUCCAAUCCUCGAGUUGUUAUCACUCAAUUACAAUUCCAAGAAUGUGUUUUUAUUGUUGAGAGUUUAAAUCCAAUUACAGAUGCAUCAGGCGAGAAAUGGUUGUUGAUAAAUAUUCCAAUGCAAACAUCUUUAAAUCAAGAUGGAACUACAUCAGGUGUUCAAGGAUUUGUUAAAAGAGAUGCAUUAUAUAUUCUUGUAACAUCAUCUUCAAAGAUUACAUCAUCGACAAAUAUGAUGGCUGAUAUUUGCCCAACCAUGAGUGAUGUUACUUCAAUCACUUCAUCAGAAUACUCAAACUCAAAAUUAAGCAUUGUGAAGAGUGAUUCUGCAGAGCUAUUCAAAAGAAGGUGUAGCGAAUCUGGAUGUACUAAGGAAGAUUUAAUUUUUAACUUAUCUUUUGGAACUCUUCUAUACUAUGAAACAGUAGAGAAAACCGAUGGGUGGCGAAACGUGAAAAUUAUUACGGGAAAUGGAACAUUGGGCUCUUCACAAUCGUUUAACACACUCUUUCAAAACGCUUACAUUCGAGAGAGCGACAUUACCAGCUUUAAAGAAUCGACAAGAGAACGAAUUGCUUCCGUUGUAAGACCUGACCCAGACUCUACAAACUUUGAUCAACAUCCUAUUACAAAAUACGGUUUGAAGCUUAUCGGGUGCAAAUACAUAGCGGGUGGAAGAAGCAUAUCCGAUAUCGAAUCUAGUGAUUAUACAGGCAUGGAUGCAACCGGACUUACGAGUCUUCUGUACAUGGUUACUUUUAGCAAACGAAUUCCACGUACCAUCAAUGACCAAUACAAGGCUGCAGAUUCCAAAAUAUCAAUGAAUGGUUUUCAUACGGGAGAUUUAAUAUUUCUUUCCAACACUUCAUCAGAUUCAAUGACCAAUGUGAUGGUGUUUGCAGGAAAGGAUACUCAAUCAAACGAGGAAUUUAUUAUUGAAUCAACAGAAAAUGGAGGUGUGAAAAUAAUGACUGUAACACAAAGAUUAGGAGUGAAGUCUGUACGAAAUUUGUCAAGUGGAGACACUAUUUUGAAUGGAAAGUUCAAAUUUUACUAUGCUAGCUUCUUUGAGAGAUCUAUCCAAGAUGAGAAAUUUGUUAUUGAGCUACUCUUGUAUAUCUUUGUAUUGGGAACUGUACUUCUUGCCAUCAUGUUUAUUGUGACCAAACAUGUUUACAAAAAGAUCAAACUUUGCGUGAAAGGGUCUGUAGCAGCUCGUAGAUACAGUAAUGUAUAA